AUGGUGCAUUUACUCGGUCCCUCCAGGAAGCGCAGUUUCACAGUCUCGACUGGAAAGCUGUUGAUGAUGUCUAUCCAUCAUUUUGCCAAAAAAAAGGAGAUAAGUCACCAAAGCAAAAGAGGUCAAAUUCCAACAAGAAAAUCGGCGUUUGCAUUUGAUAUUGAUGGUGUGCUAAAAGCAGGAGAACAUGUCUUACCUCAAGCAAGGCGAGCGUUGGCCAUGCUAGAAGGAAAGAAUGCCAAAAAUGCAAAGAUUCCAUACAUAUUCAUCACAAAUGGCGGAGGACCAUCUGAAACCGAACGAGCGAAAAAGCUAAGCAAAGAAUUCGAAUUGGACAUCAAGCCUGAUCAAGUCAUUCAAGCGCAUACAGUCUUGCAAUCCCUUACCAAACGAUUUGCUGACCUGCCCGUACUAAUGAUAGGAGGACCAGAUCGGCCGCCAGGCGCAUCAAGAAAAGUGAUGGAAGAUUAUGGUUUCAAUAAUGUGUAUACUUCUCAUGACAUACAUGCUUGGCAACAAUCUUCUUGGCCAUUCUCCAGACCUUCAAAAGAUCAGGAAUCAUCAAUACGCAAAGGUGACUUUUCCAAAGUUCAUUUUGCUGCUGUUUUGGUAUUUCAUGAUAGUCGCGAUUGGGGUAGGGAUUUGCAGUACAUCUGUGAUGUUUUACGUUCUCCCGAUGGUAGGAUUGGAGUCGUAGGCGAUGAUACGCAUGAACAACCAUUUUUGGCUUUCUCUCAUGGCGAUCUGAUAUGGGGUAAUGAUUUCACUGCACCAAGGUUCGGUCAAGGUGCAUUCCAAGAGGCAGUAAAGGCAGUUUAUGAAGUUACGAGCGGAAGACCAUUGGAAGCAGUCACGUUUGGCAAACCGCAAAGAUUGACGUACGAAUACGCUGAUGCUCUACUAAGGGAAAGGAUGUCAUUGAAAGAUGAAAAUACACAAGCUGAUGGAGAAAUGUCGGUUUGGAUGAUUGGCGAUAAUCCAGCUUCAGAUAUUGCAGGGGCUAAUGGAUUCGGCUGGAAAUCGGCAUUAGUACGUACAGGUGUUUAUCGUGAUCAAGAUGGACCUCCGAAACACAAGCCUACAAUCCUGGUUGAUGAUGUAGAAGAAGCCGUUCGAAAAGCAAUCGAAGAAGAUUGGCAGCGAUAA